AUGCAGAUCUCCAGCCUGGGGAAGAUGGUCUCCCUGGUUCAAACCAAGCCAGUGCAGUCGGGAGUGGUCACGGGUCAAGCGACGUCCAGCCCCGUCACACAGUACAUUCAGACCAAAGGCCCGCUCCCCCCUGGGGCGACCAUCCUGAAGCUGGUGACGUCAGCCGAUGGCAAGCCGACCACCAUCAUCACCACGACGCAGGCCGGAGGGACGGUGGCCACCAAGCCACCCACCAUCCUGGGCAUCAGCAGCAUGUCUGCCAACACCAGCAACAAACCGGGCACCACUACCAUCAUCAAAACUAUCCCUGUUUCAGCCCUCAUGGCUCAGCAGGGGGCAGCAGCGGUCACAAGCAACACCGGCAUGAAGUCUCCGAUCACCAUCUUCACCACCAAAGUGAUGACGCCAGGCACCAGCAGCCCUGCCAAGAUCAUCACCGCUGUGCCAAAGAUCAGUGGAGGAACGGGCCAACAGGGGCUGACACAGGUAUUACUGAAGGGAGCCCCUGGGCAGCCAGGCACCAUCCUGCGCACUGUCCCGGUCAGUGGCAUGCGGUUAGUAACACCGGUAUCUGUCUCGGCCGUGAAACCAGCUGUCACCACCCUGGUGGUCAAGAGCACGACAGGUGUGACCACCCUGGGCACGGUGACGGGAUCCCUUGGAGGGACAGCGGGGGUGGGCGCCGCCACCACCCUGGCUGGCACCCUGGGCACCUUCUCCAGCCAGCUGAUCAAUUCUGCGGUCAUCACCGUGUCCGCCGCUCAGCCCGGCCUCACCACGAGCAGUACGCCAUCUGUCGCCAUGCAGGCGCCGUCAGAACCCACACGGGUCACGUUAAUCACUGCACCCACCGGGGUGGAGACGUCGUCGAUCCAGGAGUUGCCCAUCACUAUCCUUGCCUCCCCCACCAUGGAGCAGCCCUCGCUGGUGCACGUGCCCGAGAGCGGGCAGGCUGAGUGCCAGGCGUCUGGGAGCCCGCCCUUGGUCUGCUCCAACCCUCCCCACGAGACGUCUGAAACCAACACCACCAACACUGCCACGACGGUCACUGCCAACAUGGAUGCCAACCAGGUCCAGCCUCCGCCCACUAACGCGCAGGGCCUCCCGGAGACCGUGCACGGGGAAACGGCCACAGCAGGUACAACCAACACAGCAACCACGGUGUCUGCUGCACAGACAGGGGCCAACACCACAGUGACACAGUCAACCCCGACACCCAGCCCCUCCAUCCCGGGUGUGGCGAGGAUAUCGGAAGGCACGAACGUCACAACGUCGAUGGAACAGCCCAGCCCCUCGACUGGUGAACAGCCUGUGGCCCCGGACACAGUCGCUGGGCCCCCGCCAGCUACAGGGGAGGAUGCUGCACCACCUGGGCCCACCGCAGAGACUGGCACCCCCCUGCAGACCGGCGAGGGCACAGGAGCCGAGCAGCUGGCACCCCCUCAGGAGCUGAUGGCGGACGCGAUGGCCGGGCAGAGCGAUCUGGCGGGCCUGACACCAGAGGAGCUGGCAGUGACCGCGGCCGCGGAGGCAGCGGAACAGGCGGCUGUCUCUCAGGAGGUGCAGGCCCUCGCCCUGCAGGCCGUGUUGCAGGCUGCACAGCAAGCUGCCAUGGGUUCUGGGGAAACGAUCGAGAUGCCGGACCCAAAGCAGCAACCACACGAGACGGAUUUGGCCCAGCUGAGCGCAGUGUCCGCCGAUGCCCAGCAGGCAGCGCUCCCGCUUGCCGUGCUCGCUCACCAAGAUCUGGCGGCGCUAGUCCAGCAGCAGCAGCAGCAGCAGCAACAACAACAACAACAACAACAACAACAACAACAACAACAACAACAUCUCCUGUCUGCUGGGCCUAGCCAGCCCCAGCUACCCACUGAAGCCCUGGCGCCCGCUGACAGCCUCAACGACCCUACGGGCGAGACCAAUGGGCUCGGUGAGCUCGGUGUGCCUACCAACAGCGUGGGCACCCACCCGCUCCUCCCCCCGACCACCACCGAGGGCCUGGCACCGUCCAGCUCUCUUGCUUCCCCGCAGCCAGUCUCCGUGGUGAGUCCCAGCAAGCUUCAGGCAGCCACGACGCUCGCAGAGGUAGCCAAUGGGAUUGAGCCCUCCUCGACUGUGAAAGGGGACACGUCCUCCGUCACUCCGAAACCCGCUGUCAAGAAGGAUCUGAACCAGUGGCUCGAUGUUGGGGUGAUCAAGGGCACAACAACCGUGGUGACCCACUAUCACUUGCCGCCAGACGGUUUGCCUGCCAGAGACGAUGAUUCCGCACCGAUCCCAGACCACAGCCAGCUGAAACGGCAGGAGCUCCAGUCGGGCACCGCCUACAAAUUUCGGGUGGCGGGCAUCAAUGCCUGCGGGCGAGGACCGUUCAGUGAGAUCUCCGCCUUCAAGACCUGUUUGCCAGGCUUCCCGGGGGCUCCUUGUGCCAUUAAAAUAAGCAAGAGUCCAGAUGGGGCCCACCUGACGUGGGAGCCCCCCUCCAUGACAUCGGGGAAGAUUAUCGAGUACUCUGUGUACCUUGCCAUCCAGAGUACCCAGUCGAUGGAGCUGAAGCCCAACAGCCCGGCGCAGUUGGCCUUUAUGAGAGUGUACUGUGGCCCCAACCCUUCGUGCCUGGUCCAGUCGGCCAACCUGUCCAACGCUCACAUUGAUUACACCACCAAACCUGCAAUCAUCUUCAGGAUAGCAGCUCGAAACGAGAAGGGGUAUGGACCGGCCACACAGGUCAGGUGGCUCCAGGAAACCAACAAAGAUGGUUCAGUGGUGAAACCAGCGGUGAAGCGAUCCAUCAGCUCCCCAGAAACGAAAUCAUCGAACAUGCCCAAGAAGACGAAAGCGGACGGCCAGUGAAUUUUGUAUUAUCUCUGAUCGUGCACCCCCUCCCGUCCAGCAACCCCCCCCCUCCCCACCUCCCGCCCCAUGCACACAGUGGAACGGGGAGCCCCAAGGUCGGGCCGGGGGGCUUUUUUAUCCCCCCCCCCCCCCCAUACCCCUCCCUCCACCCCCCAUCCCCUGCCAAACCAAUGAACCACAUCUUGCGCCUUUGUGUAAGUUGUGACUGGGCACCUCUGCUGAAAGCAGUAAUCUACCCGUGGAACGAGCAAGGAUUGAAUGGACAGGACCGGAAGUUGCUUCGAUUUUUGAACAGAAUGCAAAUCUCAAACUCGAGCUCCCUAGCACCCUCACCACCCCCACCCCCAGCCCUGCCAGCUCUCCCCUUGUCCAAACUCCUCGGAGAGACAGGAAGGGGAGUCGCGGACGGAGACCUACGUGUGUUGUGCCACAGGAAGCCACGCCUCGCUGCGUGCGUGGAGCUUGCAGAGAGGAAUAUCGUUUUUUUUUAUUAUAAAUGUGUAUAUAUAUAGGUGUAAAACAGCGCGAGAAUUUUAGUCUGAGGAAUUGUUCCUGAGUUAGCUCACUUGUGAUGAGGAGGGACUGGGACACUGUCUCGAGAUUUCCCCACACUCGCCGAACGGGAGCUGUCUGAGAAAGAGCUUUUGUUUUCCAGCCAUACCAGGGCAGCAUGGGUCCUGGAGUUGUGUAUAUAUAACCCUUUUGGUCUGGUCAUUCCGUCCCUCUGUCCUUCACCCACCUCUCGCUCUGUUUCAUCACUUCCCUGCAUCUCGUUUUCUCUCUCUUCUCCCUCUCUGUGUCUCACUUUCUCUCUCUGUGUCUCUCUCUCUCUCUCUCCCCUCUGGUUCUGUCCACUCGCUCCCUCUCCAAUCACAUCUGAGCUGGGGAGGGAUAGGGACGGAUCAAACCAUUUGACUGAAAGAUGUUUUUAAAGAUGAGUGGGGCGUCUCCGGUCAGUCCCAUCCCAGUUCCUCCUCAGGCCCCCUAACCUGGAGAUAAUGGUCUGAUGAUCUGUUGGAGCUCCUCGGAGCGAGUUUUUUUUUGUAGGACUCCAAUGAUGUUCGUAUUGUGUAGCUUUGUGUCGACUUUUUUUUUCCUUUUUACAUAUGAAAACCAGUAUUUGAAAUAGACGUUUUGGUGGUUGUGGUAAGACUUUCCAUUUCUACUUUAGCAACAAAGGGCACCGCUGCAAGGCCUCAGCUGCUCUGGUCCCAGCGCAGUCCGGGUGAGCCGUGGUUUCUGAGGGCCAGGCUUCGGGACUGGUUUAUUGGCCACAUCCGAUUUUCCAAUGCUCCCCAGGACCUGGCUCCCACCCACUGGCUCUGGCUAGUGAUCUCGUCUGGUGCAACAAAAGUGUACAAUUCUGAAAACUGUGCAGUCAUCCCAGUGUGAUUGGCAGCAGUAGGCUCGCUGAGAUGUGGGCACCGUACCACCUCCGCGCAUAGCUGCACCCAUCAUCCAGCUCCCGGCUAACCAUAUUGUCUGUUGAAGUGUUGAUGAGGUUUCUAAGCCACCCUGGGGUGGGCUGUAUUCCCGAGGUCUUUAUGUGCAUCGCUGUCUGGUCUCAGCGUUUACCGCCUGUCCCUAACUGCCCCUCGAGAAGGUGGGGGUGACCUGCUGCAGUUCCCCACCACUGUUAGGGAGGGAGUUCCAGGAUUCUGACCCCGAUUACGCUGAAGGAACGGCCCUUAUCAUUCCAGACCAGGAUGACGUGGGGGGGCUCGGAGUAAAACUUGCAGCGGCUCAUUUUCUGUGUCUGCUGCCUGUCCUGUCCUGUCCUUCCAAGGCGUAGAGGGUGGUGAGUUUGGAAGGUGCUGUCAGAGGAUCCUUGGCAAGUCGCUGCAGUGCGUCUUGUAGACGGUACAUACUGCUGCCGCUGUGUGUCGGUGGUGGAGGGAGGGAGGGAGUGUUGAAGGUGAUGGUUUCGAGUGGGAGGGUUUUUUGCUCUGUCCUGGAUGGUGUUGAGUUUCUCGAGUGUUGUUGGAGCCUUGUGUCCAGGCAAGUGGGGAGUAUUCCAUCACCCUCCUGACUUGUGCCUUGUCGAUGGUGGGACAGGCUUGCGGGGAGGGAAGAGUCGGGGGGGGGGGGGAAGUUACUCGUUGCAGGAUUCCCAGCCUCUGACCUGAAAUCCUCUUCACUGUCAGAUCACCCCCUCACCCCCAACUCCAAUGAACCCUAAUUUUGAGGAGGUGGGAGGGAUGAAUACACAUUUGAGAAUACUCGGUUCCUUAAGCCUGCUCUGUCAUUCAACAAGAUCAUUGCUGGUCUGAUUACUCCUUCCAUAAUGUUCAUCGUGAAUCUAUCUACCUCUGCCUGGAGUACUGAAAGGCUGUGCAACUUGACGCUAUUAGAUCAUUAGCAAAUGAUGUUUUUUUUAAUGUCGUUAAAUUUACUGAAAGCA